CGCUCGCAGCAUUCUCCGGGGCUUUCGACGACGACGACGACGACGACGUACGGUGAAUGCUAAUGCUGAUGCUGAUGCCAAUUCUAAUGCCAAUGCCAAUGGUUACAAGAUACAAGACUACAGAGCCCGAAUAUCUCACAAUACUAUGCUAGACCGCCCGACUCGAUGCUGCGACGCAAUAACACCCCACAGCCAAAGGCGUCCAAAGAUGCGGAUCUAGGCGAACGCCCGGCUAAGAGAGCGCGAUACGAGCAGAAGCAGACGCCCAGCAGCAAGACCACGCGCCAAGACGCCCCCUCUGCGUCGCCGCACAAGUCCAUACCAGACUCGGAAGACUCGGAAGCCUGCGGAGAAGGACAAGCAGAAGGCAGCGACAGCGAAGUCCCAAAACCCGCAACACGCCAGACUGAUCUCGAGAGCGCCCUGCCGCAAGUCAGUACGUCGGAGCGAGAUGCGGUUGAGGAGUAUGAGAUAUUUCGCGCGUCGCAGGAGGGUGGUACGAUCAACAAGCAGGAGGAGGGGCCGGCAAGCAAGUGGGCACAGGGCCGCAGCUCAAUCUACGUCGACGCCUUCAACCUCGCGCUCGACACCGUGCUGGACGAGGAGAGCCAUCUGUUUGACGAGCCGGAGCGGGCGGUCUUUGCGGCGUGGAGGGCGCUGGGGUACGAGGCGCAAUAUCUGCGGCCUUGCUCACCGUGUGUUUCGCGCAGCUACGUCCGCCUGUUCCUCCGCAAGACGGAUGCGUGGCACCGCGUCGGCGGGCUCGGCUAUCAUCGUGAUGUCGCGGACCUGGCGGCUGCGGUGCGGGUCCUCCAGGUGCGCCGCGAUCUGCCUGCCUCGUCGACGGCGCAGGAGGUGUAUCCUGGGGACGUGGGUAAUGGGGAACGGAUCCGGGGGGUAGACGGGACGACGUUUACGUUUGCGGAUAGCUCCGAGGAGCAUAUUACGAGCUUGGAAGAGGCUUCGUCGCUCUUGCGGCUCGACGAGCUGAAGCUGCUGGCCAAGGAGGCGAAGGUGUCGGGGAGCAAUAAGAAGGACCUCCUCAGGAAGCUGCGCAAGACGAGUGGGCGGCAGACGAGUCUCGGCUGGGCGGGCUUGAAGAGGUCGAAUACGGAGGACUCGACAAGGUCGGCGGCUUCGGAGGAGCUGGGUAGUGUCGAGAGUCCCGGUGAGGAUGCUAUCGGCCGUAUGAAUGAAGCAUCGCGGGAUACGUAUUUCACGGCGAAGAUCAUGCAGGAGACUGGGCCAUGUAUUCGUCUAUCGCCCGUCCCGCUCAAGCUGUUCGAGCGGGUUCACCUGGUCUUCUAUCGCUCCUCCGAGUGGACGGAGAAGUCGCUGACGACUAUCAUUCUGGCAAAGAUUGCGCGACGCAACUUUCCGCCCUACAUUGUUUCACGGUCCGCGAGCGUGUUCCCGUCUCGAUCACUGCUCUUGGAAUUUGAAGCGUCCAUCAGAACACAAUUCCGCAUUGACAGCAUCCUGGAGUCUAAUGGGCCUCCAACGCAGGACGAUCUGCAGAGCAUACUGGACACGUUUGAGGCCGUCUACCCCCGUUGGCACAGGUUGAUACUAGAAGAGCAGCAGAAGGAGGACACGAUAUAUUUGAGCGGGGAGGGUGCCUAUCUCAGGCGUCUCUCGCCCGCCUGGGUCUACACACGCGUCGUCCACAAGGCAGCAUACGUCAUGGGCCUCGGGAAGUUCAAGCAGCACAAGCGCGAGCACGAACUGCUCACAGAACUCCUGACCCAGAGACUAUUCCACCCGUCGCGACGCGGUGCAUGGUAUCAGCGCAAGGCACUGCUUGAGGAGCAUUACAUGGGCGCGCUCACGCCAAACGACGGCCGCUCAGACGAGCUGCAGAAGAAGCACUGGAAGCGCAUCGCCCUGGCUACCUGCGAGGAUGCGCUGCAGGACCCCCUCGUCCACCUGAUCUACCACUACGACCUGCAGAAACGGAUCACGAAGCUGGAAAAGGCACUCAAGGUCCCGAAACGGUCACAGCACGACUUUGCUCACGUGCGGUUAGCUGCGCCGGUGGAAGUAAACAUCGAAGGCGUGCGCGUGGAGCGCGAGCAGCCCUUGCACAGCCGCAGAAACAGUCCUGCCAGUCUCGGUGUUAGUGGUAGUGGCAGUAGCAGCAGCAGCAGCAGACGCAGCACCCGGACCAUCUGGCUCGACCCGCUCAACGACAACGCGGAAUGCACGGUCGAGGAGAUGUGCCUGUCGCACUACCGCGCCGCCGGCUGGAAGGGCUACCACUCCGAAGGCGGCAUCGUCCGAACCCUCUUCGCCUACCUCUUCUUCGACGUCAUCUUCAGCUACGUGCCCAACGUCUUCCAGACCCCCUUCCAGACCUGCCCCCUGGACCUCCACACCGACGCCUUCUACCCAAGCCGCCUCUCCGAGAUCAACGCCCGGCUCGCGCAGCUCGGCAACGGCGAAGCAGAGCCGCUCCUCCGGCGCGUGUGGGCCGCGCACGCGCACAAGAAGACGUGCGUCGUCGGCCUGGACUGGACGUACGAGCUCGCCGAUCUGGUCGAGGUGGUGGCCUGCUUUGAGCCGGGCGCGCUGGCGACGCUGUGCAAGGUCCUGGCGCAGGAGUAUGCGGCGCGUGGCGGGGGCGUGCCCGACUUGUUUCUCUGGCAGGUGGGCCGGCGGGAGGUUUUGUUUGCGGAGGUGAAGAGUGUGAAUGAUCGGUUGAGUGAUGCGCAGCGGUUGUGGAUUCAUGUGUUGACGGGUGCGGGCGUGCGGGUGGAGUUGUGUAAUGCUGUUGCGCGGGAGGUGAGGGUGGGGGGCUGCUAGACUGACUGUAUGAGUUAACGAGGCUAUUUGUUGUUGUGAGUAUGAUAUGAUUUGACUUGUUGGUGACUGCU